AUGCCGCGGCGCGCGCAGGUGACGGUGCGGCACGGGCCGGCGCGGGGCCGCGGCGGGGCGCCGCGACACGGCGGCUGCCGCCUGCAGGGCCUGCGAGCUGUUUUGGAAGCAGAUGGACAUGAACUUACUCUAGAAGAAAUACCAGACUGGAAUACUGUGGAACUUACAGUAAAUGGGGAGACUGUAUUUUGCUGCAACAUCAAUGACCUGGACUUUGGAGGUGAUGGCAAGUUGGAUCCACUCUGUGAAGAAGCCAGAAAAGCAGUAUUGAAUGCUUACUGAUUUACA